AUGAAUGGACUCUUCGGAUCUAAAUCCAAAAAGACAGGUACUUUAUUAUCUGUGUCAAACAAAGGCAAUCCAAUUAUGAAGAAGAAAAUCGUGAUGCUGGGAGACCAGUCCGUUGGGAAAACCAGCAUCAUCAACCGCCUUGUGUUCGACAACUUCACCGGCAGCGAGCAGCCCACCGUGGGGGUCGACUUCGUGUCGAAGACCAUCAACGUAGACGACAAGACUAUCCGCCUGCAGCUGUGGGACACGGCCGGGCAGGAGCGCUUCCACUCUCUGAUCCCCAGCUACAUAAAGGACAGCUCGAUCGCCAUCAUCGUCUUCGAUAUCGCUUGCCAGGAAAGUUUCGCCUCCCUAAACAAGUGGAUCAAUGACGUGCGCGAGGAGAGGGGCGACGCGACCACCAUCUACGUGCUCGGCAACAAGCUGGACCUCGCAGAUUCGCGGGUGGUGAGCACCGCGGAGGCCACGACCUUCUUGCAGAAGGAGAGUAUUUAGUACUACGAGGUAAGCGCGAAGACUGGGGAGAACGUCAUCCACUUUUUUAAGAACCUGUCUGAAAAGCUGAGCGGUGGAAAGAAGGGCAAGGAGGAUGGCAAGUCCGAGGAGAAGGAAGGCGUGGCCCUGCGCAACCCCAUGCACGAGCCUGAACCCCGCAAGGACUGUCACACGGAGGAUAGCACUGAGGACGAGAUGCGCGCCUUCGAGAAGCAGAUCGAGCAGCGCAAGGACAAGGUCCGCAACUCUUUCAAUGAAAUCUCCAGCCUUCUCGAGAGGUUCAAGAUGGACGACCACAGGAGCGAAUUCCGACUGGACCGGCCUGACUUCGGAGAGAUCUCGUCCGUCUAG